AUGCCAGGCCCGGAUCACUCUCUAACAAUGUCUGGGCUAUCAUCUUCACAGUCUGCUGGAUCCUCAGAUUCUGCAGAACCUACAGCAUCAAAGAAAGUAAACGCGGACUAUGGCGUCUUUGGCCAGGUCCUUUACCACCUGGUGUCGUUCACGGAGGGCUACGAGCAGCAGGUGUUGUACAUGUGUGUUAGGACCUUCCAGUCAACUUUGAAGUUUUCCAAGCGGCAGCUGACGAUGUUGGUGACCGUGUCUAUCAUGUCCCGCAUGUGCUGCUCAUUAGUUUGGGGGUUGCUGGCAGACGCGUUUGAGACUAACCUCGUGUUGGCUGCUGGGUUGUUGUUCAUGGGCAUCGCGUCAAUCUUUCUGAGCUCCGCGUCACACUACUCCGCGAUCCUCUUCCUGCGCUUCUUGCACGGCGCCGCAUUCGGUUGCGUGUACCCAGUUCAGCAGAAGAUUGUUGCUGAAUCAGAUGAUGAUAAGAACAGCAGCACGUUCACCCGCCUUCACGCUCUGAAUACCAUCGGUCGUAUGCUGUGCGCCGUCUUAACAACGGAGGCUGCUCAAAACAUUUUGCUGGGAUAUAUUGGCUGGCGUGUCUCGUACAUCGUGUUGGGAUACGUGUGGAUAUCAAUUGGUAUAGCAAUUAUAUUUGGAAUGCAAACUGAGCAGGAUCUUAGCACUCCUUAUGAAUCCAUAGAAAUUUUCAUCAGCCAAAUAUCAGGGGCCUUUCAAGCGGUUUUUAUGUCUUGGUCAGCAUUUCUGUCCAUCUUUACUAUGCUGAUCGCGGAGGCUCCGAUGUGCACUUUGCCGUACAUGAUCACGUACCUGGAGUAUUUGGGUGUGUCUGACCUGAAGGUGGGCGUUGCCAUCGUUGUCACUACGAUUGGCGGGGCAGCAGGAACUGCGGCUGGAGGAAAAGUCAUCGACAGAAUUACGAAAUUGCAUGAGGACUAUGGCGAGCUUAUUGCCGGUAUCGUCGUGAUGGGCGUGCGGUUGAUCGUGUGCCUGUUGUUUUUCGUCUCCCCGGCACCAGACGGACGUUUGCUGUGGUAUCACUACAUAGAGUUUGCGAUUAUGGGCGCAACUUUGGUAACGGUCGGUGGCGUGGAUAGGCCUAUUAUGAAGAAAGCGAUAGAGGAAAAGUACCAGGCUACGGCUUCUGCCACUACGUAG